AUGUUAUCUUUCCUUGCAUCUUCAAGCACUCCUGUAAAUCCGACCUACUCCACUACAUCAUUUCAAGAUCAACGCCAAGGUAGUAUGCCACCUCCUUCAUCGUAUAUUCUUCCUACUGGAAAUGGUGAAGCGUCAACCUCUUCUUCCUUUCUCGAAAUCAAUGGUGAAUCAUCAUCAUCAUCUUCGUUUUCGCAAAAAAUACCUCGCCAGUCAGAAGUGAACGGUGGACCAUCAAGACAUGAUGAACAAUCAAGAACAAGAAGGUUUAGACCAACUUCAUCGUCACCUUCACCCUCAUUAGGACUAACACCAGCGCCUUCAAUAACACAAGAACUAUUUCGUAUAACGCAAUUGUUAUUUUCCUUUGAUAAUGAAUCAAGGAAAUAUCGAUAUGAAGCUGAAAAACGACUUGAGACGCUGGAAGAAACGUUUGAUGAAAGGAUGAAAAGUUUUAAUCAUGUGUUGAAGAACGUUGAAGGUUUAUUGGAAGAAGAAAAAGGUGAUAGGAAUGAAAUAAGAGAAUUGGUUCAAGGUUUAUCUAAUAGAAUGGAAUCGUUGGAAAACGUUUGUAAAUCAAGAGGUAACACUAUCAGUAUCAGUAAUACCACCAGUAGAGAAAAUACAAUUUUAUCAUCAAUCUCUGGACCAGGACAUGGACCUGGAUCAUUCAAUAGUUAUCACCGUUCUAACUGCUAUCCCCAUGGUGAAAACCAAGGACAAAUUAAUCAGUUGGAUUCAAUAACAAGGGAAAAUUCUAUCCAAAUAGAAUUACCUUUUUCCCAACAAAAUUCGCAACAAAAUAACCAAAAUCCGUCUUUCCCGUCUUUGGAUGAACAAAGUACGCAAGAUCAUACCAACGAGGAGAAUGAAACCGACUCCUAUCAAGCACGAGUAGAAGAAUCAAAUAGAAUGAACGACACUUUCAGCCACGACCUACCACUUGAGAUAGAUGGUGGAUUCGAUUCAGAUAUAGGAGAAAGAGAACAAGAGAAAGAUAUGACGGAUCAAGGGAUUUUCAUGGACAUUGACGAUACAUUUCAACCUGUUGAUAUGGAGUUAGGAAUUGACCCAAGAGACAUUAUGCGACCUCCUGAAAUAUCAACAGAUAUACUUGUAUCAGAUAACGCACAAGUACCCGAAGAAGAGGAGGAAAGUUCGGGAUCUGAGACGGAACAAACGGGAAAGGAAAUGACAAAGAAAGUUGCCGCUGUCAUAUCUCGAAGCAAAGGAAAGCAACAGGCCGAAAGUACCUCUCACAGCCACACACAGAGUCCGGAAGUCGACACCACUGCCCACUUCACUCGCUCUCAGAGUAGACCAGCUCGAACUCAACGGUACAAUCCUCCAUCUUCAUCACAUUCUGAUUCAUCAUCCUCAUCCGCUGAAGAAGACGAAGAAGAAGAAGAAGAGGGCUCAUCCCGACCACCUGCUAGACUUCCAUUCCCGCCUCGCCAAGAAACCUCCCCCUCACAGACGAAGAGAAGAGCAAGACUACGAGAAAGCCAAAAUAACCCCGAAAGUAAACAACAACGAUCGAAUAGAGCUUCUUCGAGUGAAUUAACACAAGCAUUUGCCGGUCCGUCGGAUUAUAUAGAUCUUGACUCGCCAUCCGCAGAACCCGAUGAGCCGGAUAGAAAGAGGAGGAGGAAGAGCGGAAGAUGGGCGAAAAAGGACACACGUCAACCUAGUACAAGGAAAAAUAAUAAAGGUAAAGGUAGACAAAGAAAGUUCUAUGGACAAGUUAGACUGGCCAUGAAAUGUUUAGCUAUGUCGGAUGGCCAAAAGGUUACAACAGCAGAAUGGCCAAAGAAGGGUCCCAAUACCGCUAGAGGAAGGUUGGAAGAGAUCGUGUGCGAUCUUUGUAAAGGCAGGUGCCAUUGGAGCUGUGCAGGCAUCCCAGAAGAUAGAGACAUGUCGGAUGAGACUUGGCUUUGUCCAGAUUGUAUUUACCUUACAGAAGUCGACGAACUUCCAAGACAAAUGAUCGAUACGGUGCAGCAAAUCAGAUGUAUCAGGUUCAAUUGUAUUCUUAGGGAGAAACGGGCAAUUGAUCACAUGGACGGCGAAGAAGAGAUGUAUUUUGUGGAAAAGAUCGUUGGUCGCAAAGCCGUAGCAAGAGAACCAGAUUCCAAUAAACGCAUUUUCGUUUAUUUGGUCAAAUGGGAUGGAUACGGUCUGGAUGAAUGUACUUGGGAACCCAACGAAAAUCUCGGUCCAAAAAGCGUUGGUCUGAAAGAUGCGUUUGAACAGUCAGCCAAAAAGACCAAAAGCGAUCUGAAAGUCCGUGUAUGUGUUCUGCCUGAAGCGAGGGAAUAUUGGGCCCAGAAUACAGGAGAACCUGUUGUGGAUAUAGAAGACUCAAGGGUAGAAAGCGUGGAAGCUGAACAAAUGGAUGAAUCAGUUCUUGGUGAUGGUCGUACAGAUACGCUUACGAGGAUUCAAGACGUAGAUGAGCAGGUGAUGGAAGAAGAAUUGGUGGAGGAGACCAGUGUUCCAGUCGAUCUCAGACCAAAGGAUGUGGAUGAAGAGGAUAGAACGGAGACUGUUGGACACGAUGAGACGACCAACAAUAAUCAGGUUCAGGGAUCCGUGCGGGACUCGAGUGAACAGAACGAGAUUGUGGACGAAAAUCGAGAGCAAGAGCAGGAACAAGAGCAAGAGCAAGACGAACUCGAAGAAGAUAGUUCGGAGUAUAUGAGAAGUUUUGAUGAAGCAGACGAUGAUCGACAAAAUGGCAUUGUUCCCGAUGAAGAAAAUGUAGCAAGUGGUGAUGACCAACCUGAACCAGGCUAUGAGAAUAAGGGAGAAGGUGAGAAAGUCGCAGAGCAAGGUGGAGAACAACCCGAAGGUGGAAAACGAGGUGACGAAGGUGAAGGAGAAGAUGAAACUGAUGAAUUAGACCAAGAUGGUGAUAUGACUGAAAAGACAGCGGAGAACACGGAAAAGAAAAAAUUCAUGUUCGGAUUCAGAGUUUUCUGA